GGGGGGGGAGGUGGGGGGGAGAGUAAACUGUUCAGUAUACUACCUCCCAAGUCAAUACUGGCGAAUGAUAGCUCGGGAGAAGGGGGGACGGUGAGGGGGGUGAGGGGGGACAGCUUGCUGAUUUCUGCUGGAGGGGGUCUGGAAGGACAGCAGGGGGAUAGGUAUCAGAGCUUGGCGGGUUUGGUGGGGUUGGAUUCGUUGGGGGGCAUGGACAAGGACGAGGAAGGAGGGAGUGUUUUUGCCGAGACGCAGCAAGGAGGGCAGCAGUUUAAUCGGAGCAGGGGGGUGAGACCUUUUAGUCCGCAGCCGCAGCAUGUGAGGAUGAAUCCGGACAGGUUGUUGGGGACGAGUGUGGAGGUGGAUCAUGAUGGGGGGCUGGUGGGGAUGGAGAAGAAGGAUGACGACGAGGGCAAGACGGAAACCGACGAUGAAGAGGCGCAUCCGUGGAGGAACGAGGGGUUGAGGAAGAGGAGGAGCUCGUCGAGUUUGGCGAGCGAGACGGGGAACUUGUUGUUGAGGGACAGGAGUUUGGUGAGUACGAGUUUGGGCGAACCCCAGGAGAGGGUUGGGGGCGGGGAGAGUAGUUGGAGUGUGGCCGACACAGAAAGGAAUUCGCCUUGA